AAUGAAGAGUUUAUAAUAUCAUGAAUUUCAUACCAGGUUUCUAGUGUAGUGUGAAAUGCGGUCGUGAUAUUAGUUAUGUUGAAAGGACAACAACGAAGUUACUUAGGCAGCGACGGUUCAUCAGAGAUCACUCUAAUCCCAUGGAACUUUCUUCAGUGUUACUUAAAGAAAACUUUCGGUUAAGUAAGGACGCAUUUAUGUAUGUGCUAGACAGCAUGAAGGAAAAAUGUCCGACUAACCUAUCGUUGUCAAUAUCGCCGAUGUUGAAACUGUGCUGCGUUCUCAGAUUUUUGGCUCAUGGGAGCUAUCAGCAAACAGUGGGAAAAGAUUUCCAACUAGGUAUUGCGCAGCCCACUGUUUCGUUGAUUUUUAAAGAAAUGCUUCCAAUAUUGAAAUCCACUCUGUGCAGUGUAUGGAUCAAAACAGACAUAACUGAAGAGCAGAAACGAACAACAAAAAGGAAAUUUUUCACCAGAGCUGGAAUUCCAAAUGUGGUUGAUUGCGUUGAUGAAACCCAUGUUGCAACUAUUGCUCCAUGUGAGAACAAGCAUUUAUAUAUGAAUAGAAAAGGAUUUCACAGCAUAAAUGCGAUGAUUGCGUGCGAUCAGGAUAUGGUUAUACGGUGUGUUGAUGCAAGAUAUGGAGGAUCUAGCCACGACUCAUUUGUGUGGAACAAUAGCGCAUUAAAAACAUAUCUGGAGCAAACAUACCAAAGAGGAGAUCAUAAUUCGGUUUACUUAGGUGAUUCUGGUUAUCCACUACACGAGUAUCUAUGGACGCCUUUCCGACACAUUACCAAGAACAGUGGAAUCAAAUUUUAAUAAGAAACAUGCAAAGGCAAGGAACGUUGUUGAGCGGACAAUUGGAGUGCUGAAAUGCCGUUUUCGUUGUAUACUAGGUGAACGUAAACUACGAUAUCCUCCUAGUAAAGCAACUGUUAUUGUAAAUGUUUGUUGUGCUUUACACAAUAUUUGCAAACAAUAUAAUGUAAAUGAUCCUGAAGAAGAAACUUUUGUUGAUGUGGUAGUACCACUGGAACCAGUUGAAGGAAACUUCAGUGGAACAGCAGCAGAUCAUCGCCGAAGACAAAUUGCGAAUGCAUUGUCAUAGUUUAGUGGCAUCCCUAAAAUAUAUGUAAAAUAUAUGUACAUAUGUAUAUGUAACAUAACUACAAUAAAAUAACUGAAAUUAAUUUCGAAUAUGCAGAAAAUACGUUUUUUUAUUAAUUUGUCAAAUAAUAUUAAUUUAAAAGCGCAAAAUAAUGUAUAUUCUGCUUUAAAUAAUCAUUCUUUUGUAUCUAAAGGCAAAUCAUUUGCUAGCCAAUUUUACAAUGUAGAUAGUAAUAAUCGAUAUAGUCAAUCACCAAAUAUGCGUAAACCUAAAUUAAUAGAAGACUUGCUGUCGCUAAACGAAUGCUUUAACCUGUUAUGGAUAAUAUUGAAGACAGGAUACAACAAUUCUUGGAUAACUGUAAUUCUUUAUCUAAAUUUAUCUAAAGACGAUCUCAGAGAUCAAUGCUGUCAGUUACUAUUAAAAUUAGUAACUUUUAACGUUGGCUCUUUAAUUAAUAAGUUGAGAGUGCUCGAAUUGCAAUUGAUAUUGCUCUUAUUCAGGAAACUCAUCUUAACUCAGAUAUUCCCGUUUCUUCAAGACAUUUUUCUAUAUAUAAGGAAUAACAUAACACAUAGUAGAAUUUAUAGUCCUUAUGCUCAAUUUUCUUCUUUAUUUAUUAAAGUUCAGGUUAUUAUCAAUUCAAGGAAAACAGAUUUAUUAAUUGUUAAUGUUUAUAUUCCCUCUAAUAUGUCAGUUAAUAAUCUACAACAAGGUUUGAAUGUCCUUGCGAAUUUCAGUUCAAAUUUUGUUGCGUCAAUUCUAGGAGGUGAUUUUAAUGCAAAAUGUGUUGAUUGGGGUGACUCGCAAACGAAUUCUAACGGGACAAGCUUAUCUGAUUGGUUACAAAGCUCGGAUCAAAAUCUAGUUAGAUUUUGCGGUAGAAAACCUUCUUACCCUGGAGGCCAAUCGUAUCUGGACCAUUUUCUUUUGUCUUCACAUAUAAUAGCUUUCAAUAUUAAAAACUAUAAAGUUUUCCUAGGUUCCUCCUUUUCUGACCACCUUCCCCUUAUUCUUUAUAUAGAAAUUUCAAAUGUUGAUCUUUUAUUUAAUUGUGCGAAGUUUAUUGUUAAAACAGAUUGUGAACAUCUUUUGCAAAUGAUUUCAAUCAGGAUUUGGCUGAAAGACUUCCUCCAGCAGAUAUUAAUCUCACUAAUAUUGAAAUAGAUAACUACAUGGAAAAGUUUGUUGAACAUUUAGGCAUUGUCAAGAUUAAAAAUUCCUGCAUUACAAAGCAUAUAGAAUUUGCUCCUUUUUAUAAUCAAAUUAAGAAAUUAAUUGCUAUUAAGCAUAUGUGGCAAAAAUAAUUAAAAAAAAAUUAUCAUACAUCCGGACCUAGAACUUCUCUAGAAUACAAAUUAAUUUCAUCUCAAAUUUAUUAUAUUAAAGUGCUUCUGCAGGAUUGGAUUGGUAAGGCGCGAGCAGAGAGAUUCAAUAAAUUCCUUGAAACUAUUACACCAGGACCUCAUUCUUUUAGGAAAAUUUAUAGAGCGGCUAAGAUGAAACCGAAUGUUUUUUGUGAUAAGUUGUUGGUUAAUAAUGUGGAGAUUUAUGAGGAUAAGGCAAAGGCUCUAGUGUUCAAAUCUUAUUACGGAGAUAACUCCUAUUCUCCACGUCUUACGUCACUUGAUCCUCCAACAAAUACUAAUAAGCUUUUGAUAACUAAAUAUUGUUACAAAAAGUAGUAUUAAGUUAUAUUUGUAUUGCUAUAUGCAUCCCUUAUUAUGAACAAUAGCUGUAGGUAUAUGGAAUAGCAUUUGUCUUGUUGUAGACAUCUGGCGCCGCGGCUGUCUGCUUGUCGAAACAAUAGACAUCUGGCGCCGCACUGUCUGCUUGUCUACUUCAACAAUUGCUGAGUCUGGCGCCGCGGCUGUCUGCUUGCGUCUGGCGCCGUAUAGCCGUAUGUUCUGGAAAUUUCCAGGCGCAAUAUUCUAGAAGGACACGUCGGCAUCAGCGAGAAGUGUGUGGCUAUAUAAGCCGUGGCAGCGCCAACGUAAUCAAUCAGUGCUAAGAGUAAACUGCUAUAGUGUAGACGAGUUGUGAAAUAAAGAGUUGUUGAAUUUAAUUAAA